AUGUUCAUCGCGCUAGUCAGUCUUGACAAGAACACAGUGCAAUGGACGCUGCAGUACUUGAGUCGGGAGCACAAUUUUACUCAACUUGAGCUUGAAUCGCAGGUGCCCAAGGAGCGGGGUGGUCAGAGGUUCGAUACGCAUACGCAGAUGAUCGAAUACGCGACGCAGCACUGGCAGUCCAACUUGGUAACCACAAGUCUGCAUAGCUGCACUUGUAGCGAUGUCGACACUUUCCUCCGUCGCCCUUUCACUCUUCUCGUAGCGCUCGAAUCGAGUAUAGAGAAUAUCAAGAAAUCACUCACUCAACAACUCCCUCCUUCCACACCCGCGCUUGAUCUCGCUGCCUUUCUUCGCUGGUUCGAUGGAGCGUACAGAGCCCAGAGGGAUACCUUGUCACGCGCGCAGCUCAACAUCUACAACGGACAUGAGACGGAGGAUGCCUUUGUGGAUGUGCUGCGCGAGGCUAACAUAGUAGACGAGCAGCGCAUACGCCCAAGUUGGGAUACAUACUUUAUGGAACUAGCUGAUCUGGCCAGCCAGCGGUCCAAUUGCAUGAAAAGACGCGUCGGAGCUGUACUGACUCAAGAUAAACGCGUCGUGUCCACUGGCUACAACGGCACACCGAAAGGUUUGCUCAAUUGUGCAGAUGGCGGCUGUAAGCGGUGUAACAGUGGUGUGGAAAUGGGUUUCGCAGAAUGCUUGUGUUUGCAUGCCGAGGAAAAUGCCCUUCUGGAAGCGGGGAGGGGAAGGAUCGGAGAGUGUGCAGUGCUGUACUGCAACACUUGUCCGUGUUUGGGCUGUGCGGUUAAAAUUGUUCAGACUGGUAUCAGCCAAGUCGUUUACAAUCACGGUUAUCGCGUCGAUCAGAAGACGCUAGAACUGUUUCGGAACGCUGGCGUGGUUCUUAGGCAGUACUCUUCAAAUAUAACGCGUGUUUGUUGA